GUCUUUUUGUUUCAGAUGCUAAAAUAUUGCGAUCAUCUUCAUGGAAAAUGGUACUUUUCUGAAGUUAGAGCGAUAUUUUCUAGAAGAUACUUGUUGCAGAAUAAUGCCAUCGAAAUAUUCUUGGCAAGCAGAACAUCAAUCAUGUUUGCCUUCCCAGACCAAACCACCGUGAAGAAAGUCAUUAAGGCUCUACCCAGGGUGGGCGUCGGAAUCAAAUAUGGUAUUCCGCAAACGAGGAGAGCUAGCAUGAUGUCGCCUAGACAAUUAAUGAGAAAUUCCAAUAUGACGCAGAAAUGGCAACGGAGGGAGAUUUCGAAUUUUGAGUAUUUGAUGUUCCUGAAUACUAUUGCGGGACGCACCUACAAUGAUCUCAAUCAGUACCCAGUUUUUCCAUGGGUGUUAACCAACUACGAUUCGAAAGAUUUGGACCUCAGUCAACCGAGCAACUACAGAGACUUAUCUAAACCGAUAGGGGCCCUUAAUCCCAGCAGAAGAAGUUACUUCGAAGAAAGAUAUUCCACGUGGGAACACGAUAGCAUUCCACCAUUCCAUUACGGAACUCACUAUUCUACGGCAGCCUUUGUGUUCAAUUGGUUGAUCCGAGUGGAACCGUUUACGACAAUGUUCCUAUCUUUGCAAGGAGGCAAAUUUGACUAUCCCAACAGACUUUUUUCAUCUAUUUCCAUGUCGUGGAAGAAUUGCCAAAGAGAUACGUCCGAUGUAAAAGAAUUAAUUCCCGAAUUCUUCUUUCUACCAGAAAUGUUCAUAAACUCCAACAGAUACCGACUGGGUUUAACAGAAGAAGGAAAACCUAUCGGAGACGUUGAGUUACCACCGUGGGCUAACUCUCCAGAAGAGUUCGUAAGAAUUAACAGAAUGGCUUUGGAAUCCGAAUUCGUAUCGUGUCAACUUCAUCAAUGGAUAGAUCUGAUAUUCGGAUAUAAACAAAAAGGUCCAGAAGCUAUCAGAGCCACCAACUGCUUCUAUUACUUGACGUACGAGGGCAGCGUUGAUCUGGAUUCCAUUCACGAUAAGGUGAUGAGAGAAGCCAUCGAAAACCAAAUCAGAAAUUUCGGACAGACGCCUUCGCAGCUCCUGAUGGAACCUCAUCCGCCUAGGAGCUCUGCAAUGCAUUUGUCACCAAUGAUGUUCUCGGCCAUACCUGACGACGUAUGUAUGACGAUGAAAUUCCUCUCCAAUAGUCCCGUGGUCCAUAUUUCGGCUAAUACUUAUCCACAAUUGCCAAAUCCAUCAGUAGUGACGGUGACCAUGCAUCAACAGUUUGCUGUAAAUAAAUGGAAUUCGGCGUACGCGGCUGUCGCGCAAUCUCCCAGUUAUGCGGAGACUCCUCAAAACCAAGCGUCCAAUUUACCGCUUUCCAUGGAUGUAGUAUUGUCCGUCAGUAACAACAGUAACACCCAAAACCAAAUGCAAAGGCGUCACUUGGGCGACAACUUUAGCCAAAACCUAAAGAUCCGUUUCAAUUGCUUUGUAACAACAGUCGACAGCAAAUUUUUGAUAGCUUGCGGAUUUUGGGACAACAGUUUUCGCGUGUUCUCCACAGAAACUGCGAAAAUAGUUCAAAUCAUAUUCGGCCAUUACGGCGUUGUUACCUGUCUGUCUCGGUCGGAAUGCAACAUAACCUCAGAUUGCUACAUAGCUUCCGGAUCUGCGGAUUGUACUGUAUUGCUGUGGCAUUGGAACGCCAGAACGCAAACUAUUGUCGGAGAAGGAGAAGUUCCAACGCCUAGAGCCACGCUUACUGGUCACGAACAACCGGUAUCCAGUGUUGUCAUUUCUGCUGAACUGGGACUGGUCGUUUCAGGAUCAUACGGUGGUCCAGUAUUGGUGCAUACCACAUUUGGAGACCUUCUACGAUCACUAGAUCCUCCGAACUUGUUUGUUUCUCCCGAGAACAUAGCUAUGUCGCGCGAGGGAGUGAUCGUUGUAAAUUAUGAAAAAGGAAAUAUAGCUGCGUAUACUAUCAACGGAAAACGGUUACGACACGAGUCACACAAUGAUAAUUUACAGUGCCUACUCUUGAGCCGCGACGGCGAAUAUCUGAUGACUGGCGGCGAUAAAGGAAUCGUAGAAGUAUGGCGGACAUUUAACUUGGCUCUGCUGUACGCGUUUCCAGCAUGUGAUAGUAGCGUUAGAUCGCUUGCAUUGUCACAUGAUCAAAAGUUCUUAUUAGCGGGUUUGGCAUUGGGUUCAAUCGUGGUAUUCCACAUCGACUUCAACCGAUGGCACCACGAGUUUCAGCAACGCUACUAGAUGGAAGAAAUAAUGAUGUUCCGCUGUUAAAGAAAUUAACUAGUAGGUACUUAACCAUGCAAUUUGUGGUACUUAAUUCUUUUAAUCACGUUUAUUAAUUAUUAAUUUUUCACUUAUACCUUACGUACUAUUUCAAACUAGUUAUUUUUGUGCAAUAAAUGCUUUUUCUUAGAUGAGCAAUUUAUUAUUAUUAUUAUUAUUAUUAUUAUAUUAUUACAUAAUUUGUUGAUUUUACCAUUCGACGUAGGUAUUUGUAGAUAGCAUUUCUUUUAGUGGGAUAUUUUAUAAUAAUUAAAUUUUAAUCAUUAAUAGUAUUUAAUAUUUAACCAUUUUUGGGAUACUGUACUUGGUUUUGGUUUUCAUGUAGCUUGUCUAAAGAAAUAAUCAAAAAAGGUGAUGGUAUUUGUAUUGUUGGUGUGUCGUUUUUUUAUAUCAAAUCAUAACCAAUGGUCGCAUAAUCAUUUUAAAAUGCAGUAAUUUUAUAAAAACGGGAUUCUUUUCUUGCUACCUCUUUAAUAUCUUUCUUACUUUGUUUUAAUCAAAAAUAUUUAUCUUAGAUAUUUUAAAACUUUUUAUACUCCCAAGUUUCGAAUUAGAAACAUUUUAUCUAAAAUUCUCCUGUUUAUGAGAUUCUAGAUAGACGUAGUAGGUAUGACAGGACUUGAAAUAAGCGCUAUAGGUACCAGAAAAUUUUAAACGUUCGCAGCAUAUAGUACGUGGUUCCAGACAUGCGCAGUAGAGUUUUGUCACUAAGGAAACGUCUGUGGACUGUUUUUGUAAUGUUUUGCUCACACUAUCAAAUUUCGGUAGCAAAUUAUUCUACACUUCUAAAAGAAUUCCAAUUUCCAGUUUGUUCAUUGCAGCCCGCAAACCAGUAGCUUCAACCUUUGUUACUGCAGGUUGAUUUGGAUCAUUUGUUAAGUUUUGAAGGGCAUUUUGGUAGCUAUCAUAACAUCUAUAGAGUUGUACUUAAUUUAUUUGGGAGCAAAUUGUUUUUUGCUCUCCGUCUCCAUUCUCAGACUCACUUAAAGUUUGUUUUAAAAUAUCCCAUCUAGCAGUGGAAGAUGAAAAGAAAACGUAGAGUUCAUUUAAGAACAUGAAAAACUCUGUAAACAACUUUCCGCAGAACAAGAACCUAUCAGAUUAAAAGAAUGAGCUGCACAUGGUAUGUAUAGAGCUUUGGCAUUAUGUUUUUUUUAUGCGAGCUUGUAGGCCCGAAUAUUCGCCGGACAUAUUUGACGCAUUGUCGUAUGCCCAACGCAGUCCUCGAUAGGUAGAGUGAAUUCAUCAAGUGUUUUUAAAAUUGCUACUUCCAUAUCUUCAGCUUUAUGCCCAACCUUGCUAAUAAAUUUUAUGAAACGUUCAACCACUGAUCCGAUUGGUUGCACCUACCGCAAAAUAAAAGUUAAUUGGUCUGUAUGCGAAAUAUCAGGUGUUGAAUCUACGCUUUUUAUUUCUUCUAUUAUUUUUUCUCUGGUGAAUUUAGCUAACAAUUCUAUAAAUUCAUUACAAACAGUCUUUGACAGGUAGGAGGCAUGUCCUUUUCCCUUAUUUGCAUGUUUUUCGAAAUGAGUUUUUAGGAAUGGGUCAAAUUUAGCAAUUAGUUCAAGUGUAGCCAAAUAAUUUCCACAUUGCUCUUCACCUGAUCUUUCUAAGGUCCCCCUUGUUUAGAUAAAAAAUGUAUAGUUGUUAUUAUCCUUUUCAGAAGGUUUCUCCAAUACUCUUUUUCUAUUAAGUAUUGUUUUUCGAUGUUGCUAUCUAUUUUUCCGAGUACUGUGGAACGUAAUGUAUAUGUUUUUGUAUUUUCUCGAUGCUCUAUAGAUUUCUCGUGCUCCUCUAUUCUUUCUAGAUGCUUCCAAUCAUUAAAUCCAUUGACGCAUUUUGAAAGGUUUGAUCCGAAUAAUUUAGAUUUUGUUGGUUGAUGUGCAGUAGGUGUUACAUUCACAGUCUAGUUGCGCAAGUUUAUAUCCUUUGUACCUUACACACCACUGAUAAAUUAAAAUCCGUUUCUCCUAAUGUAUUAUACAGGGUGAGUACUAAUUGUACUUCUUCAGUAACUAGAGGGAAGUUAGGAAAAAUACAAAAUAUUAUUUAUAUUAUAUACAGGAUAAUGUAUUGAUGAAAUUUGGUCAAAAUAGUUUUUUUUUUGUUAAAUGAUUAUGCGACGCAUUAUUUAAUUGGUUUAUAAAUGCAAUUCUAUGUUAAAAUUUUUAGUAUUUAAUUUAAAAACUAAAUAAAAAUCUGGUAAUAAAAUCCAUCAAAUAUUUUGGUUAUUUCAGUAAUAUUAAUUUUAAGGAUUCGUACUUGCCCCGGUAUUUAAAAAAAUACUGUUUUAAAUCCUUUUUAUUCUUGGAUACGCUUUUAACAAUUUUUAUUUAUAUGGCAGUUCUGCCUGUUUAAACAUUCCUGUAAGUGUGCUUUUUAAUAAGAAUUAUUCCAUUUAGAUGUAUUAAACAGAAAUUUAUAAAUUGACAUCUAGUCCAACAGCUAUACAGGGUGUUUCCGAAGUUGUCCAAAUUUGUAGGGGUGGUAGUUCGCAUAAUUUGAGAGCAAUUGGCAGAUUUCAUUUUUCUAAAAAAAAUAUAAUAUAUGAAAUAGAGCCAUUAUAAAAAAAUCAAAGAGCGGGUCCUACCCUGAGCGCGUAGCGCAAUAGUCGCGUGAUCGGUUACUCAUCGGGAUUUACAACCGUAGCGCGCGCGAGUCGAGGUAGUCACAUCGCUGUGCAGGACCGUACCUGUUUAAAAUUUUUAAUUAAUUUUUAAUUAUUUUUAUUUUAAAUAUUUUGGAAAAGAAAUCUGCGAAUCGGUCUCAAAUUAUGAGAACUACCACCCCUACAAAUUUGGACGCCAAGUUCGGAAACACCCUAUAUAUGUUUUAAUGUUUGAUUGGUGUGCCUUUUAAUUAUUUUUUUUAUAAUUUGCGAAGUUAAAGGAGGUGUGCAUUAAUCUCGUAUAUUUUUAUCAUAACGUUCAAACUUAAUUAUUUCGCGAACCAUAAAUGCUUCAACAAAAUUGGUAACACUAUUUUUAGUUCCAUGUUGAAUUUUCUAUAAUUCAGUUCAUCUAUAUUUGAAUAAAGUUCUGUCAUUGUAGCUACAACAAAAGUUAUACAAAAUAGUUUUUCUCCAUAUCUUUUAGACCAUUCUAAACUUCCUUGUCUAUGCAUUAUGUAACUCCUUACUAGGAGCCUCGUUUCCCUAUGAAAUUCAUCUUCUGGUCCUGAUGUCUUACCUCCUCUACUAGACGAUUCUGGUGUUGCAUGUCUUUCUGUUUUUUAAUUUUUAAGUGUUCAAAAAUUUUAGUAAUCGUGUUUCAUCUUCUAAGCUAUCGUUCAUUAUUUAAACUAUAUUGUCAGUCUCCUUUCUCUCAUUCCAAGAUCAAUCGGAAGAAAGCUAUCUAUACACUCUAAGAGUUAAUUGCUCAUAAUUUUAAAGUUCUUCAAUAAUUUAUUAUAUUUUUGGUCAUGAUGUCUUCUUAUAAAUGCUGCCAAUUCGACUCUCAGCUUUCCUAAAAGUCUUUAUCGAAUCUAACUAUUUUUUGCCUUCUUUGGCCUUUCUUAUUUUUGGCAUCUAUCAGUGUCUUCUCUACUUGUUUUCCUUAAAACGUUCUCUAGACCUUUUCCAAACCAUCUUGGUCUGUGCUUUUAUUAUUAUGAGGUUUGUUCCAACAUAAACCAAAUCAGUUUGCGUACUGUCAGGAUUCUGCGUAGUCUAGAAUUCGUGUUCCAACAAACCUUAGUACAAAAACAUAGUGUUCCAACACAACCAAAACUAAUCACAAACCGAUUUGUGUACUGUCAAAUCAGUUCCUAGGUAUGAACAGGAACGAAUUUUCAAGACAUGCGCAAAGCCGCAAUAAACUAAACAUUUCGUGAUUGUAAUUAUAUUAUUUGUAUCUAUUGUCUCUGACAGUUCUGAUUUGUAUUUGUUAAUCGAGUUUAGUCUUCAUAAUUUUUGUUCAUUAUCAUUUAUUUUAUUUUGUGGUUUAUUAUUGUAAUGGGGCGUCUGUUGAAUUUAAAAAAUGUGUUCCAACAUAAUCGAGUUCCCAGUUGAGUCCCAAUACCUGACAGGUUGUCAAUUACGUCGACAGAUUGUCAACGAUAAGUCUUGGACUGGUUUAUGUAUUGUUCAAAGAUCGUUGUUGGAACAAACCUUGUUGCCAUCGAAUUGAUGUAGUCUGUGAUUGAUAAUCCUUCUCAGUUCCUAAUAAUUAUCAUUUUUUACCUAAAACUUUGUCUACCAGCUGGGCAACCUCAUGGUUUUUUGUGUUCUUCACAAUAUCUUCUGAACUAUUUUAAACUUCUUCUCUAUUCAUCACAGCUUAUGCUUUUCCAAUGAGGUUUUCUAGGCAGUAUUUUAUGAGGUGCUUGCUACACGUCCAAACACUAUACUAACUGAUACUCAGUAAGGAGUCUCUAAUUUCAUGUUAAAUUUAUUUUUUUAGUCCUAGUGUUUUUUUCCUCUUCUAGUACUGCAUUUCUUUCUGUUCCCUAAUUUUUAAAACGAGUCCAUCAAUUUUACUUAUUACAUUACUCACCAAUUUGUUCCAUUUGUCCUAAGUCUUCUUUGAACAAAGCUAACCAAUUUUUUUUCGACUCUUCUUUUUUCCUCCUUGUCCUUCUACCAGUGCAUGCUGUACGUGUUUGUAAAUCCAUCGUAUGAAUAUCGUAUUUGAUUCCUCACAAUAAUUCCUCAUUAUAAUUUCUUAAAACUUCGUCUACCAGCGAGGUACAUCAUGGUUGUGCAUAUAUCUGAUUCUUUCCUGAUAUGUUGAUGUUAAUAAUAUGUAAUUAAUGUUUAAUAAUAGUUGAAAGUAAUAGAAAGAAUAAAUGCUCGGGCAAGUACAUUCCCUCUAAGGAGUCAAUCCUAGAGCUGGAUAUAAUUCGAUAAUGUAAGAUUUAAGCACCGUAGUGUUGCUUACAGCUUGCACUUCCGAUGAACCAGCAAUUGUUAAUGCCAUUAAGGCGCACUUUUUCGACAUUGUAUGCGCGACAUUUAAAAAAUGGCGACGCAUACUUUGUCCCAAAAACACAUUCCCUCCAGCGUUUGUAUAUUUACCUAAUAUAUUGCAAAUCUGUCCAAGAGAAUCAAACUUAUUGUAAAUAAGUAAGAUUGUUUCCUUUUUUUAUGAAGCGCUAUCAACUAAAUUGUGUAUUGAAAUAUUUACUUAAUGUAUGUAUUAUUUUAUUACUUACGAUGAAAAAAAUGUACUUAAAUGUAAGAAAUAUGAUAUGUUUGAUGUUAGCAAUAAUAUUUCAUUCAUUUGUACACAUGAUAACUAUUAAAU